AUGGCGCAAUACGGCAAAGCCACCUACUGGGACGAGCGUUACACGCGAGACGCCGAGCAGUUUGACUGGUACCAGCGCUACGCCGGCCUCCAAGAGCUACUAAAUCAGUACAUUAAGAAAACGGACCAUGUCCUCAUGGCAGGCGCAGGCAACUCUCGGCUGUCUGAAGAGAUGGUCACUGACGGCUACCAGAAGCUCCUGAACGUCGACAUCUCGGACGUGGUUGUCAAGCAAAUGGCGACCAAGUACGAGGACCUCGUCGAGCAGCUCCAGUGGCAGCAGAUGAACAUGUGCUCGCUGAAAAUUGGAGACGAGACUUUUGACGCCGUCGUGGACAAGGGCACAAUGGACUCGAUCCUGUGUGGCGAAGGCUCAACGGCCAAUGUGUCAAAAAUGUGCCAUGAGGUCUAUCGGGUGCUCAAGCCCAAUGGCGUCUACUUUGUCGUGUCGUACGGCAUCCCGACGAAUCGCUUGAGCUACUUUGAGAACCAGGAGCUGCCGUGGAAAGUCACGGUGCACACGGUGGCGAAACCCACUGUGAGUGCAGUGCAGGUCUCGGAGGCGGAUGCAAAUGCCGUGCACUACAUUUACGUGUGCCAGAAGGGGGGCGUCACGGUUGAGUAG